CUGUUGAAAAGUUAUUCAUCUCUAUCUACGGAAUAGAAAGUUUACCAAAAACGAUCCAGUUUGGGGAAUAGAAAGAAAUAUAUAUCGCUGGAGAACCAAGACUUGUGUGAGCUUAUUGAUUGUAAUCCUAUGGAUAACUAGAACGUGUAAAUUCCUGGUAAUAAAAUCUGGUUGUUCAUCUGCUUGAAUCAACAAUGGAAAAUUCAACGGAACCCAUGCCCAACGUAUUUCUUCGUUAUCCAUCAAUAGCUGCUCUGAUCGACACUUUUGCUCCGGGGGCAUCGAUGGCGGAAAGAGUGAUACCUCCGAUAUGGUACCUUAUCGGCUUUGUGGGAAACCCCAUGUCAGCGGCAAUAUGGUUCGGUAAACGUAUGAGGCGAAACAAUUCGUCUGCCAUAUACCUGGGAGCUCUGUCAAUUUCUGACUUUAUAUUUCUUGUACUUCAUCUCAUCGCAACUUUACACCUGGCUUGGGGUUACAAGACAUACAAUACAAAAAAUGGUUGCGAGGUGUUCCACUUCUUUUACUACGUUCCACAAUAUCUAUCAACGUUGUUGGUAUUGGGAUUUACAGUGGAACGUUACAUCGCGGUUGUUCAUCCGUUUCUGAAGGAAAAAUGGUGCACGGUUCGUCGCGCUUCUUUUCUUGUUGGGAUUUUAACACUGUUUUCUGUUGUUAUUGCGUCGGCGCAAACAUAUAUUUGGUUUUACUAUUCGUUGACGGACAGCUGCAACAUUAGACCGGAAGCCCAAGUUGGUGGAAAUGGAAGCUUUUGGAAUGUUUGGACAUGGAUCACGGAUUUGCUGAUAUUCGGAGUCGUUCCUUUGAUUGUGUUAAUAUUUAAUGUGCUAGUUCUACGUGAAAUAUACAAGUUGUCUAACAACGGCGUCAUUGCUCGACAAAGUGGAGGUACCAACAGUACCACUGCGUCUACGGUGACGCUUCUCGCUGUAUCAUUUUAUUUAAUCGUCACACAGAUCGCAUCAACAAUAUUAAAUUGUAUGCAAUAUGUUUUCACACACGGAAGCAUCCACUUAACGGACGAAGAAGUUCGUGAAGACCCGGAGUGGUCGUCCAUGUUUACGUUCAUGACGAUCCGAAAAAUUAUUGACACUAUUUGUUUGUCUCAUUACGCAUGUUACGUGUUUAUUUACGCCUUUACUGGCAAACAUUUUAGAAAAGAAAUUCUGUACAUCCUCACCUGUUACGGUCGAUCAUCGUGGUUGGAUAAGAUCUGCAGCAAGACGCAUCGGGGUGAGAGAUACUCUAUGGUAACGGGAAACGGCAACCCGGUGUCGGAAACGUGCACGGCGACGUUUACGACGAACAUUUAGGCAUUAACAAUGAGUUAAAUGACAUGAAGCCGAACUGCUAGAAUUUCGGAAGUUUCGAUUAUUUUGGAAAUGGCUGGACUAUUUUGCGUCCACGCAUAUUAUCGUUCUAGUCGAAUGCGUAAUACAUAUCUAACUUACUAGUGCGUGGUAAACACCUGUGCCAAUAAUUGAGAAUGCAGUCUAUUAAAUGAGCAAUAAUGCUGAAAUGGGGAUGCCAAAGACACGGCGGAGAACAAAGGUGCAUAAUAAUAAUAAUUAUAUAUUAAAAUACACGACGAUAAUCAUACAGAUUUAACAAUUUAUUUUAAGUCAUGUGAACUUUUCAUAUUACUGAGAAGUGACGUCUGGUGUUUCAGCAAAGGUAAUAGCAUAACUCAUUUUUUGACUGACGGUUAUUUGUGUUUUAUUUCCGCUUCCUCAGAAGUUAUAUCGCCGAGAACAUGUGUUCGCUCAAAAAACAUUUCUAUUCAAGUAAAGCAAUUGAUUGGAUUUGAGAAACAACCAUCGUGAUAUAUCAAGUCCAUAGCCUGGAACAACAUUGCGGCUUUGUAGAUUUUUAAUGAUAAGAGAAAGCGUUUCUUUUGGUUAUGUAACGUGGUCGAUUAUCAAGCCGAACUUUACUGCGUUUGAGGAAUUCACAUACUAAGAGAGUAAAGGUCCAAAAUCAUUUAAUAUUGAUAAACUUCACGCAUGACGUUUUGUGAAACAAACAGACGUUUACGUUUCAAAUGACAUUGGCACAUUUUUGUUUUAAAACCAAUUUUUUUUUUAUCUGUUUCAAUAUAAUUUGGUCCACAUGCACAUCUGUACGCUAAACCAACGAUGGAAUGCGAAUAUUUAUUAUCGGAUUAUAUAAUAGUGAUCGAACAGUUUAGUAUUAAUCCGACAGUGUUUUUUUUUUUGGGGGGGGGGGGGGGUCGAAAUAUGGUGCGUUGAUAUUGCUGAGCUGACCGUUUAAAUGAACAUGACAACAGUUCGUGCGUGAAUCUCAUUAAUCAAAAUAAAUGUAGAGCAUACUGAUAAACUAACGUAUGGCAAUUGAUCAUUAUUUAUUAUAUGUGUGCAUAUUAACUGAAUCAUUAACCUUUAUAAUAUAUGGUCAAUGAUUGAACACAUUACUGCUUAUUUUAAUAGUGAUCACCAAUCUUGUAUAUUGUUAUAUAAAAACAAAUAUCCUUAUCAACUUUACUGUGAUAUGUUGUUAAUAUUACCGUUAUUUGACCGAUGUUAAGAAUCGGUUGUGUAUAUAUUAAACUGCAAGUACCAACUGUAUAUACGGUCCGUGGUUUCAGUAGACACAGUCGAUGUUUACAUCUGGUUCAUUUACCAUAGACCCCCCACCCCCCAAAUAUAUACUAAAAUGACAGAAAUUUAAAUUAUACUUACUAAUUAUUUGAAUUAAAAUUUAUCCAUCCCCAUUGGUUAUUUUAUGAUCUGCAAGGCUUAAGUAUGACGUGAAACAUAAUAUAAUGUAAUCUCAAAAUGAAGACUCAAAAUUUAACCAAAUCUUUACCUUGUGAUAAAGUGUCUAGAACAGAACUGUAUAUUUUUAUACAAAAGUAGAAAAAAACAUAGUUAUUUGAAUCCCUCAAAUUAUGAAACGUGGUAUCAGAUUUUCUAGAAAGGGUAGGCAUAGCCGUCACUAAAAGUUAUAGUUAUUUUUUUUUAAAUAUCAAGUCUUUAUGAUUUGAUGUAGGCCUAUGUAUCAUGAGCCACAGAAUGUUAACGAUAAUGUAAUGCAUAAUAUGAUGGAUCUUGUAUUUCCCAUAAUGAACCCGUACCAACUGAUUAGCCAAUCAGAUUUAAAAUGUUAUGUUAAAGAGACAUUUUCUUAAGAAAAUGACUGUAGUAGCAUCAUACAUAACUAUAAAAAUUCGAAUAACCGACAUUCUUUGAGACAAACAUUUUCCGCGCUUCUCCUAAACGCUUUGAAAAUCAUCAUAAAAUGUCAGUCUCAACAGUUCCAUAUCUCAGUCAGACAUGUGUAGAAUUCUGCACACAAUCCAAUCGGAUUAAAAUACAGAUCUAUAUUUCGUUUCGUUUUUUAUACUUUCGAUGGCCUCCACUACAUAAAGAUCUGACCGGUUGUAGUGGGAGAUCGCAUCAGGGGUCAUACGAGCGGCAUUUGACCCUAUGAUGUCAUUAAUUAAGUAAUAAGCGUUGAUGUUGAUGUUGCACGCCAAGAAAUCGCCGCAACAGACCGUUUCAUUGCCAGAUCACUCACAUUAACCAGAACGCGGGUUAUAUAACAAAACAACUCUUCCAGAUCCUUGUAGGGAGGGGGUGGGGUGGGUGGGAUGGCAUAGUUAUCUAGAGUGUCGCGCUCCGAGCUCUGGCUCUAGCUGACCCCCCGUCACCUCUGGCUUGCCGUCGUGGUUUCGAUCCCUGAUGUGAGUGUAUGUAGCUUUGAGAUAGGGGCGCCUUAUCACACCCCCCCCCCCAACAAGAAAGACCUCUCUGCGCUGAGCAUAGUAAAAUUAUACCCUCGGUGGUAGCGGACGUUAAACACUAAUAGAAGAUCAGAUCCUUGUGUAGUUCUGCAAUAUCACUUAUGUUGAAGCAGACGUUAAAGAACCAACCAACCUAGUGUAGUAAAGAAUAGUAAAACAAGUUUUUGAACUAUAAAAAAACGAAACGAAAUAGGAUCCGUGUUUAAAUCUGAGCAUGCCCGAUUGGUCAGUGUAGCUUGUCUCGUUAACAGACCGAAAUUAUUCAGCACAACGCCAUAUACAUCAUAUAAACGGCUACAACGUAUAACUUCAUGAUGUGUGAUGUUGAAUUUUUUGUUUUGUUUAUAAAUACAAUGUGAAUAUAUUAAAUGUUGUGUAUUCUAUUGAAAAAAUAUAUAAAAUGUACAUUUGUCAUCCUCCAUGGUUGUCGUCUAUCACCACAUUUAUUUGUUACCCACUACUUUUGCAAAAUUCUAAUUUAGAUCAGAUUGAAAGGUAUGCGAGACAAGAAAAUCUAAAGAAAUAAAAUUCGAGAUUACCACUGAUUACCAGCCUUGACAUUAGAAGAAGUAUGAUAUGCAUGCCUUCCUCCCCUGCGUAUGUUUUUACAACAUGAUAUAAUUGCCCCGGGAUUUCGAGUGUCAUUAUUUUCUCUGCAGCUUAGAUGGUAAAUGAGCUUAUAGUGCUCGUUGGAGAUAAAUGUAUGGGGAUUAUCUUACAGACACCGCACAACGCUUAUGAUAUUCCAAAUCCCCAGUUCUAUAUGCAUGUAUGACAUUUAAAGAUUUCAAUUAAAACAUGAGUUUUUAUUAAAAGUGUGUAAUGUGG